AUGAAUUACAAUACGAAAGUGGUGAUUUGUCAGAGUUCAUUGGAACUCCGCCGCUAUAUUGGGUCAGAUUGUUUGACAAUGGAUGUUGGUGGUGUACUAAAAUAUAAUCAUUUAGAAUGGGUACAACAUCGUAUGGAUAUUGAACGGAUGAAAUCAUCCGCAACCGUAAUUGCACAAUCAUUGAGCGAAUUUGGUCGUUGCCUGAAAGAAACCGAACUUCCUAAUGAUGUCGAGACAACAGCACGAAUUCUUGAAAUACAAACUGCUGAGCGUGAUGCUAUAAAAGAAGAUUUCCGAAUAUCUAUACGAAAAGGAUUAUCAUUGUUACGACAUGUUAGACAGUUGGAUGUUAAGCCGGAACAUGAACAACUUAGUCCAACCAGACUUCAUAAUGUGACAGCAAUUGAACGAAUGCUUAUACAAUUGGAAGAAACGGAGCGAAGUUUUGAUGCAUUUUGGAUGAAACACGAAAAACGUCUCACACAAUGUUUGAAACUUCGACGAUUUGAAGAUUCAUUUAGAAAGCUACAAUCAUCAUUUGCAAAACAUAUGAUCCAUUUGGAAGAGCAUCGAGAAGUGGGUGAUGGCCCGCAGAAAGCUGAACAAUUAGGUCAAGCACAUGCUGAAUACUGUCAACAAGCUAUGGAUGACGUGAAUGGCGCACGUUUAUUACGUGAUGCAGGGCAAGAGUUAAUCUCAUCACAAGAUGUUGAAUUAACAGGAAGUUUAUUGCCAAAGUGUGAUGAACUUGAUCGUAUGGCUGAUGCAUUAAGUGGAGCACUUGAACGACGUACGAAAGUACUUCAACUAAGCAAAGAUAUGCAUCAACAAAUACAUGCGGCAAAUAAUUGGUGUCAUCGUGGCGUUGAAUUGUUGACGACAAUACCAUAUGAUUGUACAGCAAGUUGUGCUGCAAAUGUAUUAACAACCGUUGAUAAAUAUAUCGAAGAAGGCAAAUCAUUGAAGCUGGAUACUUUUAAUAGUGAGCCAGAUUUGAACAAAUUAAUAAUGCUUACUACAACUGAAACAUCAACAUUACUUGCACAGGUUGCGGAACGUAUUAAUGAUAUGCAACGUUUAAGUGCUUCUCGACGUGAUGCAUUACAAAAAAUGGCUUCCCGUGAAAUUCGUAAACCACCUGUUCAAAUUGUUAGUCCAGAAAAAUUACCAUAUAAUAAUGGUGAUAAAUGUUAUUCAACUAUAAGCGAUAAUAAGAAUUCAAUUCCAACAUCAUCACCAUCUAAAUCAUACGAUGAUAAGCGUACAUAUACGUAUUUUGAUCGUAUGAUAAGCGUAUGUGAUAAGCGUACGUAUUGA